AUGGGACUGCUCAUUACGCUGACUGACUACUAUUCGCCCUACGACAACCGCAUUUUCCUUGCCGCGGCGCAAUUCUACACACUCGGCUUCAAGCUCGUCGCCCCGCUCAAAUGCUGGAGGGCCACGGCCGAUUCUUAUGCGAGACACCUCGAGUAUCUUUUACAACGCAACGGAGAGCACGCGGCAGCCAGAUUGCUCAAGAAAGAAGCCGAAGAAGCGCAAUCGCUCAUCGAAUACGAGCAAUGCACAAAUACCCUCGAUAAACUCCAAGGCCAUGACCGCUGGAAGGACGAGUAUGACAGCAUUGAACCCGGCUACAAGCCACAUAUGAUCGAGGCCCAGAUCGACAACCUCCGACAUGCUGCUGCACCCAGAGACCGCAAGGAGAUGAGCCUUGUCAUUCGUGCCACACUGAAUCGCGAACUUGGUGGGAUGGACAACUUACGUCUGUACAAGCACUCGUGGUUUGGCACCAAGAGAUUAAUAGAUGAAUACAACUAUACAGCAGUCAAUGCCAUCGACAUGCUGGUCCAGACGUCCGUGGUCCAUGAUGUACCUCGGUCCGACAUCAGGGACAGUCUCGACGCUCUACAGAACGCUCUCGUUUACCACGGGAGAACAGCGCUGUGCCUUUCGGGUGGUGCUUUGCUUGGGAUGAAGCACAUUGGUAUCGCCAAGUGUCUUUGGGAGUGUAACUUACUUCCCGUGAUCAUCUCAGGCACCUCGGCUGGGAGUAUUGUUGCAGCUAUUGUCUGUAGCUCGACAGACGAGGAGAUGGAACAGACUCUUCAGCGCUUUCCCAAAUCCAACCUAGCAGUCUUCGACCCAGUUGGUACCAGGUGGUACGGCUGGUGCGGCAACCGUUUGUCUACCUGGUGGCAGACUGGCAGAUUCUUUGACCCGGCGUUUCUGCGCCAUGUCAUGAAGGACUGGCUGAAAAAUCUUACCUUUCAGGAAGCCUACAACAAAACCCACAGAGUCCUGAACGUCUGCGUAUCCAGGGCCCACAGCCCGGAGCCGCGCAUCCUCAACUACAUCACCUCUCCUGAUGUUUUGAUCUGGUCCGCCGUUUGUGCAAGCUGUGCAGUACCGGCGAUAUUUCCCGAGGCCACAAUCUAUCAAAAAGAUCCUAUAACGAAGAAGGAGGUGGUUUGGAUGGAGAGUGCUGUCAGUCAGACCUUCGUCGACGGCUCCUUGGAUCAUGACAUUCCCAUGCGGAUGCUUAAAGACAUGUUCAAUGUGUCGUGGUUCAUCACUGCGCAGGUCAAUCCGCAUGUUCGACCCUUCUUGGCCAAGGAAGAAGAAUUCUGUGGCAAGCAACCAAAUACCGGUGAGCCCAAUCCGGGCUAUGUAUCGAUCCUGAAGCGCUUCGUCCACGACGCCUUGACUCACGGUGCUCAGCAGCUAGCCGAUGCUGGGUUUCCUCCUUCAACGUGGCGAUGGGCGGCGGUCCUCAACCAGCAGUACACUGGUGACUUGAACAUAUCGCCAAAGAUACGAUGGAUGGAGCUGGCUACCAUGGUAGCCAAUCCAACACCGGACUACCUGCUAGCAGCAACGAGAGAUGGUGAGAGGGCGACAUGGCCGAAGGUCUGUCGCAUUAAGAACACUGUCGCCAUCGAACUUGCACUCCAAAGAGGGAUCCGGGACAUUGUUGAAAGACUACAUUUCUCGCCAGAAGCAAUGGCUGCUCGAGAGCGAAGUCGGGCGAGUCGAGGACGAUGGCUCCGGGGACGCCCUCAGCCUCAAUUUUUGCGUCCUCGAAGCCUGAGCAACGAUAAUCGGCGAGAAGGCGACGAUGAUGACCGGACGUCUAGUUCAGUCGAUCCCGGAAGUCUCAAACAUCGCCGCAAUCGCAGCCUUGGACAUCUUGAGAUGACUUCGGUCGCUGAGAUGACUUCGCGGCCUCACACGCCUCCUCUCCCACUACUCUCGCCUCAAGCUGGAGUGAACGAGUCGAGCCUCGUGAUGACGCCCGCUGAUCGGCCAGCAAGCGGAUGA